CUGAGCAAGUUGACUCCGGCGGGCUUUACGUAAGUGUCGUAAGUCAACGUAAGUAUUCUUGACAGACGACGGGUGUUCGACUGGAAAUAUUUUCAAAUCAAAUUACUUCUUGUCGAGGUAUCUUCAGGCCGAAUAAUGGGCAUCGUGCGGUUAGUACAUUCGCUGAGGAAUAGAGAGAACACACUGUCACGGUUUGCUGUGAAGGCCACCCUCGUAGGCGGUGUCGUUUACUACAGCGUUCAGCAGGGCCUGUGGUCCAAAUCCGAGGACAGUGUGCAGCUGUACAGCAGGCUUUACAAUAAUGUCGCGCCUUAUGUUAAGGACAAUAUACCUAAGGAGGUUAUUAACGAGUUACCACCAUUGCCAAGUACCAGUGACUUCUCCAACUCCGUUAAGUCAUCAUGGAAUAAGGGAGUUAUAGCGAGCAUGAAAUUCCUAUCAGAGACUCCGACUUAUGUGACCAACGGUGUCCAAAGCAUUUCGGAAACAAUGCGGAGUUACAUCGAGCAACAAAGCGUAUCGGAAAAAAAUCAAUAGCGUUUUCUAAUUCUAUAUUGUGGAUUUUAGGAAAACAUAACAUCAUUGGGUAUCAUUGAGCUGUUAUUAGCUUCACUCCUAUCGUGUUGAUUUAGAUAUCUAUACACUAUUAACAGCUCUUUAUUGAGUUUUUCUUAUUAAUUUAUUAUAUGUUCAAUAAAUAUUUUAUUAUGAAACAGUUGAA